AUAGCAGUUAAAGGUGAUUAUUGACUGCUGUUGUGAUGUCAGUACAUACAGUUUUUUGAUUAACAUAAAUAGCUAAAAAAAAAUUAAAGACUCUUUGUCUUCAUUCUGUUUUGUGUGUUUGAAUUGUGUAUAAUUCUAAAAAAAAAAAUUGUAAAUAUUACUAAUAAAUACGUUCAUGUGUCAUCAAUAUUAUUGAUAAAUUCACUCUGAUUUAAAAUGAAUCAAAAUAAUCAUGGGGCUUCAAGGCGAAAUUCAUCCUCAUUUAGUCGACAUAAUAGUGGAAAUCAUUCAAAUCGUCAAAAUUUAUCACAUGGACAUCAACGUUGGCCAAAUCGAUAUCCUAAGGAAUACAAUGAUUACGAACAAUGUUUUGAUGAAUGUCCAAUAAACAAUAGUAAUUCUCCAAAAGAUUCGGGAUUUUUGGGUCAAGGUUAUCCAAAACAACAGUUGUCGCCAAAUUCACGAUCUAGACACAUUAUUUAUAAUGGUGAUAAUACUGUAUCAAGAAGGCAUAAUGGUAACAAUCAAAUGGAUUCACCAAAUGAACGUCGAAAUCCAUUGAUGGGUCCAUCGAUACCAUCAAUGUCUGAUCGGCGUCAUUUACCAUUAGUUUCAGAUAAUCGUCAUUUAGGCGGUGAUCGACGACAUAUAUCACCUCCGUUACGUAUUAAUAUCUGUGAAAAUGGUAAUACACAUUCGCAUAAUUUAAGUCCUGUACAACAGCAAGGGAAUAACAUGCCGUUAGAGUAUUCACCAAGGCGUAAUGGACGAGAAUUACUUGUUAGCCCUGUACAAAUAAAUCAUUCCCCUCCUUUCUAUCGUACAUCCAACUGUGAUGAAGGUAUCAAAAGUGAAAGUCCGUCCAGAAAACGUCGUCGUCUAUCAAGAUCUGGACACCAUCAAAUGGUUGAGCAAAGUACUCAAGUGAAUUCAUGGGAGCAUAACGUACAAAGAAGAUCUCCACGACAACAUCACCCACCGGUGGCUACAGCGAAUACAGUCAUACAAAAUACUCCACCAAUAGUUAUGAGACGUCCACGAUUUCGGGAACGAACGCCUGUGUGGGCUCCACCACCGCAUCAAGAAUAUUCCCAUCACCGUAAUAAUUUUGGUCCAGUGAAUCAACAAAUCUCACCAGAAAAUGGCCACCAUCAUCAAUCGUCAAUGUUGUUGGAUAUCAAUCAAGUCCCCGUGACUUUGAAUCAUCAUGAACCUCCAACAAUAUGGACUUAUACCUCGUUAUGUUCCGCUCCAACACCCGCACCUCCAGUUACCUCGCAUAUACAUUCAUGUAAUAUGUACCCUCAAUUUACUCCUCAAGGUUGCCAAUUAAUACCGCCACCUCCAACUCCUCAAUUUGGUAAUUGUCUUCAGUUUCCACCACAUUCGUCAUUGUCCAUUCCACAACAUUACUCGCAUACACAUCAACAUUUACCACCUCAAGUACGGCAAGAUGUUCUACAACGACCUGAAGGUUUGGACGUAGAACAAUUACUUGAACGACACACACAUCAUCCUCAUGCGGCCGCAUUACAUCAUGCUAGUGCCGCAUCCUUACACGUACCUCCCUUACAUUCUUCGACACACUUAACAGCACAAGUAUCAUCCCCCCCAACACUGUUUUUACCAGAUACAAGUCGUGGACCACCACAAUUAGAUAUAAUGCACAUGCGUCCACGUCGUUUAAGUACUACAUCGCGUAGAAAUCAUACGCCACGCACACGAUGGCAUCCGGGUGCAUUACCAUUAGCAGCUCCAGCUACUUAUCCAGGCUUCGUUUUGCAAUUUUUGGCAAUGUUCUCAAAUCCACCACUAUCACCAUAUAGUCAAGCAGAUCUCAGUGGGUCAGAUACAAAUGAAACUGAAAAUUAUGAAGCAUUAUUGAAUUUAGCUGAACGAUUAGGUGAAGCAAAACCACGUGGAUUAGCUAAAAUGGAAAUUGAACAACUUCCAAGUUACAAAUUCAACAGUGAUACUCAUGAAGGUGAUCAAACGUCAUGCGUUGUAUGUAUGUGUGAUUUUGAAGCAAGACAAUUGUUACGAGUAUUACCUUGUUCGCAUGAAUUUCAUGCCAAAUGUGUGGACAAAUGGCUACGAUCAAAUCGCACGUGUCCUAUAUGUCGUGGAAAUGCAUCAGACUAUUUCAAUAACAGUGAUUAAUGUGCCAUUAAUAUUAUUCCUUAAAAAUAUCGUCUUCUCAGCAUACACCACAAUCACCAAAAAAAAAAAAAAAAAAACACAACCACCCCAAAAA